ACUUCCAAGUAACGUCUUGUGUAAGUAAACCAGUAUAAACCAUGGCCUCUAAUAAACAGCCCGAAGACGAAGAUAAUAACGCGCACAUCGGCCUGUUCAGGCGAUCAUGGACUGCAAUUUUUCCGUUCUCUUCAUCUGCGCUAGCGUCUCUCCCCGAAAACACCCAAAGGCCCGCACGUUACACGAGAGAAGAUGAUAUUCCAGACGUGGACCACGACGUUGAUGGACAAAGACCUACCAUCAGAGAUUACAAUGCCAUAAAUUCUGUUCCGCCGCAGAUACGUGUUCCGAAGAAAGUGAAGACGUCUCUGAAGAUUGAGGGAAAGGUAUGGUUUGCCAAUGAACGGACAUGGAUAUCCUGGCUGAAUCUUGCUGUGCUAUUGGGAACCUUGGCGCUUGGCCUCUUCAAUGCGUCCAAGGACGUGGUAGCCCGAAGAUUCGCAUAUGCUUAUGCCUUCAUCAGCAUUGGUGUUUUGGUGAACACCUACAAGUCUGCUAUUUGCGAAAAACUGAUGCUCAUACUGCAAGAUAGGUCUACGGUUUUGUAAUCUAUCAGAAUAGGAUCACGAUGAUUCGCAAACGUGACCCCGGGCAUUAUGACCACAUCGUUGGACCUGUCUUUAUCAGUGCACUUCUGUUCUUCGCAGUCUUGGCCAAUUUUGUAAUCCGAG